CAGCCCAUAAUAUAAGGAAAAGAGACAAAAAAUCUUCUUACCUACAAAAAAAAGUCCAAGUACUUUCUCAAUACAACCUCAAACCGUAAAAACCAGUAGCGUGCAGCCGUGGAUCCUCCGCCAGCUGGACGGCUCAGAUUUCACCAAAACCUCAAUCAGAGCCGUUUUCGUUAUUCAUCAUCAUUUCAAAAAACUCGUCUUCACCAUCCACCACUGGCAAAGUUCCUUUUCCUUUUGUCGUCUCUGCUAUAAACAGCUCAUCACCUUCACACCAUUAUUAUUAUUAUUUCCAAAAGAGAGGGGUUUUUUUAUCUCUCAUAACAUUUGGAAUUAUGGAUUCCGUGUUGCGAGUAUAAAAAACCCUUUUUCGUCAUUAAUAAUAGGAAAAAAAAAUUAAAACAAUACCGAUAUUCUUUAUUGCUAGAAAAGAUUUUGGAGUGCUGCCUUUAAUUCAACUCCGCACACAUGGAAACCCUCCGCAAAUCCUUCAAAUCCUCGCCGCCAAAGCAAGAGGAGGACCGCCUGAUUCUCCUAACUGAAAAGCCCACAUCCGCCGUCGCCACCGCGUCCAUGGCGACAUCGUCUUCCUCCUCCGCCUCCCCUUCCCCUCCCGUCGCCCCCAAAAUCAACGGUCGAGAUCUGCCCGACGCCUCCGCUGACACUGGUGCAAACAACAAAAUGUGGCGGGACUCCAGCUACGACUUCUCAAACGACGCCGUCAUGAAAGCCGCCGCCAAAUCCGGCGACUUCGAUUUCAUCUCUGAGUCUCCAGUGUCCCAGCGAUCCCAAUUAUCCCGAAUCCCCGAAAGCCCCGGCCCCAACACCAACUACGACCAGUCCACCCCGCGCGAAGUCCGCGUCUCCUUUCACGAGUCCGUCGAGCAGGCCGCAAACCGCCGGUCCAGCGCCGAACCGGAGGAGAUCCUUAACUGCAGCUCCAACAGCUCCUUCCGGAGGAAAUCCAGCCUCCUCCGUGCCAAGACCAAGUCCCGGCUGCUUGACCCGCCGGAGGACUACACCCCCAAAUCCCAGACUCAGAGAAUGAUUAAUAAAUCCCAGAACUUGGGGAAAGCCAGUGAGAUCGACGAGGAUGAUCCCUUUCUGGACGACGAUUUUCCCGACGACUACAAGAAGAUGAAGUUCAACGUGCUUUCCUUUCUACAGCUGGUGAGCUUGAUACUAAUUGUGGCCGGUUUAAUUUGCAGCUUGACCUUUAACAUCCUGAGAAGGAAGAAAAUUGUUGAACUGGAGCUAUGGAAAUGGGAAGUGAUGGUUCUAGUUCUGAUCUCGGGCAGAUUGGUCUCUGGAUGGGCUAUUAGGAUCGUGGUUUUCUCGAUCGAGAGGAAUUUCUUACUGCGAAAACGAGUUCUGUAUUUCGUUUACGGAUUGAGAAACGCCGUUCAGAAUUGUCUGUGGCUGUCUCUUGUUCUGAUCGCUUGGCAGUGCAUUUUCGACAAGAAGGUCGAAAAGGUCACAAACGGGCGGAUUCUACCUUACGUGACCAAAAUCUGGGUGUGCCUUUUGGUGGGAACCUUUAUCUGGCUUCUGAAAACAUUGCUAGUUAAGGUCUUGGCAUCGUCCUUCCACGUCAGCACAUUUUUCGACCGUAUUCAAGAGUCAUUGUUCAAUCAAUAUGUAAUCGAGACCCUCUCAGGCCCGGCAUUAAUCGAAAUACAGCACGAACAGGAAGAAGAAGAGAGAGUCAUGAUUGAAGUCAAUAAGCUUCAGAGUGCGGGGGCCACAAUCCCGCCUGAUCUGAAGGCAAACAUGUUCCCAAAGAGCGGCAAAAUAAUAGGCACACCGAGAAAGACGCCGACGUCAGCUGGCGGGAAAAGUCCCGUUUUCUCGAAGGUAAUGUCGAGACGGGAAGAGCAGCAGAAUGGGUUUACUAUAGACCACUUGCAUAGGCUGAAUCAGAAGAAUAUAUCGGCUUGGAAUAUGAAGAGGCUGAUGAAUAUAGUGAGGAAUGGGGUGCUAUCUACCCUGGAUGAGAAGAUACAGGGCUCAACAGAGGAGGAUGAGGCUAUGGUGCAUAUCACGAGUGAAAAACAGGCGAAAGCUGCUGCCAAGAAGAUAUUUACUAAUGUGGCUAAGCCGGGAGCUAAAUACAUUUAUGAGGAUGAUUUAUUGCGUUUCAUGCGGGAGGAUGAGGUUAUAAAGACUAUGCGUCUAUUUGAAGAUGGAAGUGAGCAAAAGAGAAUCAGCAGGAAAGCUCUUAAAAACUGGGUGGUCAAUGUAUUCAGAGAAAGACGGGCACUUGCUCUGUCCCUAAACGACACUAAAACUGCCGUAAACAAGCUGCAUCAAAUGCUGAAUGUGCUGGUUGGAAUCCUCAUUAUUGUCAUCUGGCUUCUCAUACUCAAAGUCGCCACCACACACUUCUUUAUUUUCUUGAGCUCGCAGCUCCUUUUAGUAGUGUUCAUGUUUGGAAACACGUGUAAGACAACAUUCGAGGCCAUCAUCUUUCUGUUUGUGAUGCACCCUUUCGAUGUGGGUGACCGUGUUGAAGUUGAUGGAGUUCAAAUGGUCGUUGAAGAGAUGAAUAUAUUGGCCACAGUUUUCCUGAAGUUUGAUAACCACAAGAUAUAUUACCCAAACAGUGUCCUAUCCACAAAGCCAAUCCAUAACUAUUACCGAAGCCCGGAAAUGGGAGACGCCAUCGAUUUCUGUAUUCACAUUUCAACUCCCGUCGAGAAGAUUGCACUUAUGAAGGAAAGAAUCACGAGGUAUGUGGAGAAGAGGAGUGACCACUGGCAGCCAGAGCCGAUGAUUGUUAUGAGAGAUGUUGAGGACAUGAACCGAAUCAAGUUCUCAGUUUGGCUAACUCACAGGAUGAAUCAUCAGGACAUGGGUGAGAGGUGGGUCCGGCGGGCCCUACUUGUGGAGGAUAUGGUCAACACCUUCAGAGAACUCGACAUUCAGUACCGAUUAUUGCCUCUUGACGUGAAUGUUCGCAACAUGCCGCCUAUAAGUUCGUCUAGAUUACCGUCUAACUGGACUGCUACUGCUCAUUGAACUUAUACCAUUACUAUUACUACAUUUUAAGUGGCCAUGCAUAGUGCAGGUCUUGGUAACUUGGACUGAGGCUGUUGACUAGACUAGUGUUGCAUUUUAUGCGUAUUAACCGAGUAAUGUCAUCUGAGUCGAUGCAUUUUCGGAGCUUCUAAACAGGAGGUUAAGUAUUUACUAUUAAUAGAAUGUAUAAGUUUUGAUAAAGAAAUCUAUUAAUUACUAAAAAAAGAGUAUUAGUAGCCGUAAUCUUUCGACUUUUAUCUCUUUUUUGUUUUCA